UAUUAUGCAAUAGGGGGCCCAUCUUUCCCCAACCCACUAUACUCUAAAGCUAUAUAGUUUUGGGUUUUAAAAUAUGUAGUUUUUAAAAAUACAUUUUUAACCGAAGAUUUAAGGCAAAAAAUGGCGAACCAGGUAGGACAUGUGACACCGUGCUGUAACUGCGGUCACGUGUGUACGACGUCACAAUGCGGACGAUUUACGUCAUCAGAAUGCGCUGAACGACGAACAAGCUACAAUCCUGUGUUCACAUUAACUCCUCCUUUCUCAAGGCUUAGUAAUACAAGUGUCAGCAGCGGUUUAAGUUCAGUGUUCACAGAAUCACCGAAAUGUAGGCGCUGUUUAAAUAACGAUAUGGAAGGCCCUGUAUCGAACGGAGAUGGUAGCAAAAGAGAACGCUACGAUCACGAUGAGUGCGUAUUUAACCUUGAUAGUUCAAUGCAGACAUUCAGGCAUUCUCUGCCUACACGUUGCCAGCGCUGCAGCAAAUCCACACCAACUAAACUUCGAUGCUCGUUUGCUCACAGCGAACCUGGCUUUUUACCGGUUGAUCUUUUACGGUUCGGCGGAGAAAGUCUGCGUAACCCAUCCGUUUCAAUGAACAGCAGUCGGUCAGGGAUAUUUUUCACUACGGACUCAUCGCUAGACAACAAAGCUAAAGUCGACUUUUCAACAUGGGGGGCACCAGGUAGAUGUAUUUACAUGGGGCAAAAAGAGAUGAACGUGUAUGAUAUGACAGUAGUGGGAAACUGUAUAGUUGCCUCGGACGCAGAUAAAGUAAAGGUAGGAGACAUUACUAAGAAUGUUCCAACAUACAUUUGCAGAGUUAUAUAUAGUAGGGUGGGGGGAGAUGGGACAUCUUUAGCACAUAAUAUCCAAAUGUCCUGAUCGUGUUUUAAA